GCGAGAGCUGGGUGUGCGGAAAGAGACCUGCGCGGACCCACUCUUAGGAGGGAGUGUGCCCUGAGCUGUGCCCGGGUGGCCUGGGUUCUUGUGUCUCCAACGCCGUGAGCUAGGGUGCUCCAACGGGCUGCAAGAUGGAGGAAGAUGGUGUCCCAGGAGGCCUGAUUAAGGUGGUCCACCUGAUGGUCUUGUCUGGUGCCUGGGGCAUGCAGAUGUGGGUGACCUUCGCCUCAGGCUUCCUGCUCUUCCGGAGCCUUCCCCGACAUACCUUUGGGCUUGUGCAGAGCAAACUCUUCCCUGUGUACUUUCACGUCUCCUUGGGCUGCGCCUUCACCAACCUCUGCAUCUUGGCUCCACAGCGUGCAUGGAUCCACCUCACAUUCUGGGAGGCCAGUCAGCUGGCCCUGCUGCUCCUGAGUCUCACCCUGGCUACCAUCAAUGCACGCUGGCUGGAGGCCCGAACCACAGCUGCCAUGUGGGCCCUGCAAGCUGCAGAGAAGGAGAGGGGCCUGGGAACAGAAGUGCCAGGCAGCAAUCAGGGCCCUGACCCCUACCGCCAUCUGCGGGAGAAGGACCCCAAGUACAGUGCUCUGCGUCAGAAGUUCUUCCACUACCAUGGCCUGUCUUCCCUCUGUAAUCUAGGCUGCCUGCUGAGCAAUGGGCUCUGCCUUGCAGGCCUUGCUCUGGGGCUACGCAGCCUCUAGUACACAUCUUGUAUGUGUAUCAAUAAAUGCUUUUUUGUUGAG